GUGCAGUAUGUUGAGUGGGUGGGUGCUAUCUUUUCUUUUUGUAACUUGAAAUUGUUUUAUUUUCCAGAUCGAUGGACUUUGACACGGUCGUUGGUCCGAUUGGUGGUUGUAGUACGCGGGAUUAUCGGCCACUCUUCCGCCGUAACCGCGAAAAACAACAUCGCUUCAGAAUGAGCCAUCACCCCUAUACUCCCUCCUAUCGUCUUGGCGGUGAAGUUACCGACCAGAUUAAAACCCUGAACCCGCUUCCGAUAGCGACGAAUGAGCCUAUAAUCUGUCUGCUGGCAACACGGCCUGUCGUUGUGCGCAACUGUCAACUGACAAAACGUCAAAAAACUGUAUUUGCCCGAACCUGGAUCAUUGCAGGGGAGGAGGAGAUGUGGCGGAUUGUCAAAACAAUUGAAGAAAAACGAAACCAACUUCCCAAUAGAGCUGCAUUGUGUGCAGUUUUUAGUCAAUAA